AUGCACCGUAGAGGAAUUCAAGAAUCUGACGACGAAGAAGAUGAGACGUAUAACGACGUCGUUCCAGAGUCUCCUUCUUCUUGUGAAGACUCCAAGAUCUCAAAACCAACUCCAAAGAAAAGUAGGAGGAACAUGGAGAAGAGAGUUGUCUCGGUUCCGAUUGCUGACGUGGAAGGAUCUAAGAGUAGAGGAGAGGUAUAUCCACCGUCCGAUUCCUGGGCCUGGAGAAAGUACGGUCAAAAGCCGAUCAAAGGUUCGCCUUAUCCCAGGGGAUAUUACAGAUGUAGCAGUUCAAAAGGAUGUCCGGCAAGGAAGCAGGUGGAGAGAAGUCGUGUGGACCCCUCAAAGCUCAUGAUAACUUACGCCUGCGAGCACAACCACCCUUUCCCCUCCGCCACUAACAACAAAUCUCACCACCACCGAACCAGCGCCGUCGUCCUCAAAACGGCCAAGAAAGAGGAAAACAUGGAAGAAGAAGAAGAAGAAGACGAAGAAGAGGAGGAGGAAGAAGCAACCGUCGCCGCCGAGGAACCGGUGGGACUAGACUUGAGCCACGUGGAUUCUCCACUGCUCUUAAGUGGCUGCUACAGUGAAGUCGGCGAGUUCGGGUGGUUCUACGACGCGUCCAUCUCGUCGUCCUCUGGUUCUUCUUACGGUGGGAGUUUCUUGGAUGUUACACUAGAGAGUGGUUUUUCAGUAGGGGGAGAGGAAGAUGAAUCAUUGUACGGUGAUCUCGGUGAUUUGCCUGAUUGUGCCUCCGUGUUCCGUCGUGGAAGGGUGGCUACGGAGGAGGAGCAUCGGAGAUGUGAGUUUGGCGCGGUUCCUUUUUGUGAUAGUUCUAGAUGAGUUUGUGUUUGUGUGUAGCCAAAUCCUAAAAAGGAAACUUUUUUUUUUGUCCCACUGUAAAGGUGUAUCGAUGGUGGAUUCAUAUGAUUCAUUAAAAAUAAUAAUUAAUAAAAUUAAUAUUAAUGUUUUUGAUACAAG